UUCCAAGCUGUAUAUUCUAUAUUUUUAACAAUACUAUUUUGGAAAAUGUUUAACAGUUGGGUAUAGCUAGCAGUUGGCAAUACUGAGAAAAACAAAUCAAAUCAACGAAAUCUACCUUGGUUGGUGUUGUUCUGAACUUCUGACUGAUUGAACGAUCACAAAUUUUGAUUCACAUUGUUGCAUUACAAUCCCUCGAUUUAAUUAGAAAACGAUAAUGUCUAAACGCUCGGCAUCAGAAGCUUUCGAAGUCGAAGAGAGAAAAGUUGUAAAGGAAGGCAAGAAACAUUCUUUAGAUUCUGAUGAAGAAGACAGCGGAGCUGAAGAAGAAAAGAGAAACGUUCUUAAUAUCGAUGAUAUUGAAGGUGAAGAGGAGGGUCAAGGAGGUAUUGAAGGUGAAAUUACAAUUACUCCCUUUAAUAUGAAAGAGGAACUUGAAGAAGGUCAUUUUGACACUCAAGGUCAUUAUCAUUGGAAAAAGGAAAAGGAAAUAAGAGAUGGAUGGCUUGAUAAUAUUGACUGGGUGAAAGUAAAGGGUCGUCCUGAAGAUAAAUACAAAGUGCAUAAAGACAAUGAAAAUAGAGGCCUGGGUGAUGAGUCCAGCAGUGAAGAUGAUGAGCCAGAAGAAAAAUUUGAGCUGAUUGCCAACUACAAAGAAAUAAUACAGCACAUGAAUCCUAGAGAGACAAUAGCUAAGGCAUUGCAGAGGCUUGGAGCCAAUUCAAAAAUAUCGAGUGCUGAAAGAUGGAAGAGGAAAAAGGCAGGUAUUGUUGAUGAAGAAAGCAAAACUGUGACCAGAAUUACAGAACUUGCAAACCAGAUUUUAACAAAAAUGGGCAACAUGGACAUUUACCAAGAAACUUAUGAAAAAAUUAAUAAGAUCAUAUCUAAAGAUAAAAACAAAAAUGAUGAUGCUGAUUUGGAUAUGUAUGCAGAUGACUUUGAUCAAAAAGAAAAACAUAAUUUGUCUAAAGAUCAUAAUGAUGAUCAGAAAAAUAAAGAAGAUGAUGAAGUGAAUGAAGAUGAACCUAAAAUGAUUAAAUGGGAAUUUAAAUGGAAUCAGAAUGAUUCUGAUGUCUCAGGUCCCCACUCUACAGAACAGAUGCAAAAAUGGUCAGAAGAUGGCUAUUUCAAAACAGGUGUCUGGGUGAGAAAACAUGGAGAAGAUAGCCAGUUCUAUAAUUCAAAUAGAAUGGAUUUUGAGCUAUAUAUGUAAGUCUAUGUGUAAUGCACAUUAUGUAGUUAUUAUUUAAUGAAAUAAAAAACAAUUUUACACAUAUUUUUUAAUACUUUUACCUAAUAUUUUGUGUGCGAUUUUGUAAAUACUAGUAUCAGUCAUUAUUUUUGCUAAUUGACUUAUUAAUACUAUAAAUAAAGUUACAACUUGAACAAUAACAAAUUGUGAAAUAGAUGUUCCAAUAUCCAACCAACUUCCAGUAUUUUGUACGUUGUACAGUAAUUGUAUGCCCAUUAUAUUGGAGUAUAUUAACACUAUGAUUACCAAAUACCCAGUAGGUGCCUGAAAAAAAGCAGAAAUUAAAACACUCUUUGACAUUUUUGUUUCUUGGACUAACCAAAGAUAUUACUAUUUCAUGGAUUUAGUCUGUGUUUUCAUGCCUUUUGAUACGUCACAGGCAAACUAGAUAAGUAAUAUCUCUUCUUCUAUGGUGUAAAUUGUAAAUUUUGUUUAAAACAUAGUAAUCAUAUAUUUUUGUUGCUGUACUAGUACAACAAUAUAAAAAUUACCUUUGUAAGAUGUUGAAUGCCUCUAAAACUGCACGCUACUGCCAUAAAAGGGGCCAAGGUCUUCAACAUUAUUAAUCCAGUAAUAAUGAACGGCUUGAAAGAUGUUAUGAAACAUGUAACCCAUCGGACUUCAAAGGAAUUCAAUGAUGCUAUGUUUCCUGUUCCAAAAAAUGCUAAAAUAAUGUAAACAAU